UCUCUGCCGCCUGAAUCCUGAUUGGUUUACAGGUUACAUAAACAAUUAAACUGAUUGGCUAACUCGUAGUCACAUUGAGUUUGAUUGACAGUAAGAUAAUCCAACAUAAACUAAUUACUAGAAUUCGCACCUCUAAGCUCUAAAGCAACAAUGUUAACACCUGUCAGGGAUUCUGACUGAUACACGUUUGUACAAGCUAUCACGUCUUACAUAAUAUUAUGUCUUAAGUCUACGACUGAUACAGAUAAAAGGCGUGCGGAAUUUAGAAGUUUAUACAACGCAGCUUAUUUGAUUGGUGGAAAGGUGAAAGUUUUAUGUUACAACGUAUUUGAUUGGUGUAAAGGUAACGGUAAAAAGAAUCCCAAUGGAGCGUUUUCUACGCAAAAAGUCAUCAUGGUUUCUCUUGUGUGGCGUGCUGGUGAUUUCUGUAGUUGCCAUACGAUAUCGAUCUAAACUACAGUGUUGCACGUGUACAAACUCACCUUGCGCAUCAACAAACGCAACCCCCUCACGACCAAAAGUACCUUCCGCGCAAAAAAACGCACUUUCCGCACGAACAAACACACCUUCCGCGCGAACAACCGAACGGUGUACCACGCGGAGAAAUAACGUUGCAUUUUUAAAGGUGCAUAAAUGUGGGAGCACCACAAUGUCCAACAUUUUACACAGGUUUGCACUACGAUACAAUCUUAACGUUAUCCUUCCCAAUAAGAACGAGACAACCCAGUUCUGGGUUCUUGGUGGACUGGAUAACAAGAUCAACGAAAGAAUUAUCCCAGUGUCUCCAGGAAAAAAUUAUAAUAUACUAGCCGUAGAAACAUUUUUUGAUAAACGUAUGUUUCAAACGCUUAUUCCUAAUGAUCCCUUCAUCCUGGGUAUUUUGCGUGAACCCGUUGAACGACAGGCGUCUUAUGUGUUUUACAACAAAAACAUACGUAUAAAAUUGGAAAAAAAGAUGAAAACAGACCCUUACAUCUUCCGUUCUUAUCCUAGCAGUGCUCCACAUAUGUUACGAGAUUACAAUUUUUAUGGAAGCAGGUUGGGCAUCGACAAAUUUAUUGAAAAAAUGGACAACGAAUUCGACAUGAUUAUGCUGACAGAAUAUUUCGACGAAUCGUUGAUCUUGUUAAAACGGAAGUUGUGUUGGACUUUCAAAGACAUUGUGUAUAUGACAGUAAAUAAGAACUUUAAAAAUAAGGGAUAUGCUGUAAGUCCUGCUGACCGAGAAAAAGUAUUAAAUACAUAUAAAAAUGAUUCCAUGUUUUACGAACAUUUUAAGGGUAAUUUUUUUGGUGAAAUGGGUAAAAAUGGUGUCGGAUUUUUACACGAAUUACAUCAAUUUAAACUGGUUCUUAAACUUGUUAGAGAUUAUUGUACAUUUGUGAAAAAGGGAGAUAAGUCACUUGUUAUUCCUAAAUCCUCGUGGAACGAACGUUUUCUUGUAGACCCUAAUGAGUGCCGUCUUAUGCAGUUAAUAGAAUUCCCCCUUGUUCGAUUGCUACAGAAACGCCAGUGGCAAUUAUACGCUGAUUCUUCACAAAAAUAGUAUUGACCAUCAUUAUAUCACUGAAAUACUUUAAGAAGCAUCAUGUAAGAUUUAGAUAAAGAGCUCCCAGUUCUCUCUAUAAUAAUUAUAUUAAAGAUACAUUAUGUAAAGAUUUAUAUAAAGAGCUGCGAGUUCCCGCUAUAAUAGUUCUAUUACAUAUGGAUAAAGAGCUGACCAUUCUUGCUUUAAUAAUUUAAAAAGCAUAAUGUAAAAUUUAGAUAAAGAGCUGGACGUUCUUUCUAUAAUAGUUCAAAAAUAGAUAAUGAAAAUGAAUGUACUGAAAACUUCAUUCACAUUUCUUUGUUCUAGGCGAAGUUAUGAGUAUCGAUUAUCGAUUUUAUCGUUAGUUUCGUACGCACGUGUUUUCAAAUCCAUUUUGUCGCUAGUUUCUUUCGCAUGGGUGUUCAUAUCCAUUUUAUCGCUAGUUUCUUACGCACGGGUGUUCUGAUCCAUUUUAUCGUUAGUGUCUUACGCACGGGUGUUCUGAUCCAUUUUAUCGCUAGUUUCUUACGCACGGGUGUUCUAAUCCAUUUUAUCACUGGUUUCUUACGCACGGGUGUUCUAAUCCAUUUUAUCGCUGGUUUCUUACGCACGGGUGUUCUAAUCCAUUUUAUCGCUAGUUUCUUACGCACAGGUGUUCUGAUCCAUUUAAAUAUCAGCCAUCCGAUGUUCUAGAGAGUUAAUUAUACGCUUGGCGUGUGAAAAAUGUCUAAAUAAUAAUUUAUGUAACAUUUGAAGCCACAAUAAAGACCUGCAAUAGGCAGAUGGAGCUCUGGCAUAGAGCACCUUCCAUUAGUAAACAAUAUCUGGGGCCUGUUUCACGAAAAUCCAAAUUUUAGUAAUUUUAUUGGAUAAUAUUAGAUGGAUUUUAGUGCUUAGCCAAUCAAAAUUGAAGUAUCUACUAAAAUUUGGAUUUUAUCUUUAGUUAAGAUUUCGAGAAACAGGUCCCUGGAUUUAAAAGUGAACAAUAUCAGUAUAACAGUGUAUAUUUUUUCAAUUCGUGAGGAGUGAUCUUUUGUUUUUAUAACAUUGUGCAGGGUCUUGUUAUUGUUUUUAAUAAUGUUAUUUUAUUAUCGUUUUAAUACUUGGUAACUGUUAUUGAGUGUUUUUAUAUUAUUAUACACGUUCUUGUUCAUAUAACUGUUUCAAUAUUAGGUAAAUCGCGCACUGUAUCUUAAGGUCUGUCAUUGAGUCAACUUGUGUGGUUGUGAUUUUCGGCUGUACGUGACAAGAAGUAGGGUUGCCUUUCCAACCUCGUGGGUUUUCUACGGGUCCUCCCACUGCUAAAGACCCCUUCCCGCUAGCGAACUAUUGAAAUAAAAUUAAAGCAUGUGUUAGUCCCGAAAUGACCUGGUUUUUGUCGGGUUGACGUUAAACUCUCUCUCUCUCUCUCUCUCUCUCUCAUAUUAGGCAGUUGUUGUUAUUGGUUUUCGUACAGGGUAUUGUUUGUACUGUUUUAUUACUUUAUUACUAAACGUUAUCAAUUGUAUUUUUACUUUUUUAUUAUGUAACACAUAAAUAAUAAUAAUAAUAAUAAUAAUAAUAUUAAUAAUAAUAAUAAUGGGGUAUUCAAAUUAUUUGGUUGUUUAUUUAUUUAUUAUCUCAUAUAAGGCAGUUGUUGUUAUUGGUUUUCGUACAGGGUAUUGUUUGUACUGUUUUAUUACUUUAUUACUAAACGUUAUCAAUUGUAUUUUUACUUUUCUAUUAUGUAACACAUAAAUAAUAAUAAUAAUAAUAAUAAU